CUUCUUCUCCAUAGUAAUGACAUGUCCUUCCAGACAGGACUGACUUCUUCUCCAUAGUAAUGCUUGUUUUCUUUUUCCUCCUUCUUCAGGGGAAAUGGUAAUCGCCCCUCCCACAUCGGCUCAGCUGAGAUACGUUCUUCUACACAACGCCAUUCCUUUUGUAGGAUUUGGUUUUCUGGACAAUGCCAUCAUGAUUGUAGCUGGCACGCAGAUCGAGUUGUCCAUAGGUGUGAUCCUUGGGAUUUCAACCAUGGCAGCUGCUGCCCUGGGGAACCUUGUGUCGGACCUGGCUGGACUCGGCCUUGCAGGUUACGUGGAAGCCCUGGCCUGUCGUUGUGGUUUGGUGGGCCCAGACCUGAACCCCAAACAGGCUGACAUGUGGCAGACCAGAGUUAGCACCCACAGUGGUAAAGCCAUCGGAGUUGCCAUCGGCUGCAUCUUAGGGAUGUUCCCGCUACUCUUCUUCAAAGAUGAGACGAAGAAGAAAGAGGCGGAAAGGGAGGGUAAAGAUGGAUCACUAACCCUCAUCUCCACUGGCAGCAGCAGCAGCAAUUGAGACAACUUGACAGAAAGACUUACCUUCUCGGGAAGAGAGAGAACUUAUCAUUGGACUACCGCUACUUCACAACCUAACUACUGCAUAAUGAAUAACCUCUGUUUCCCAGACAGACAGACCUUCCUAGGUAAACUAGAUUACUAACACUACAGUGUAGGAAGCAUGACUACUGAUGUCACUUGUUGAUGUCAAUGUCUUAAAUAGUUCCUCCUGCAACAUUCAAAAGCAGUAUGAAGAAAAACAACAAUGAUAAAUACAAGUGGACCACUCUUCCAACCAUGUUUUCUGCUGCUUCUUUGUUUUUUUGUUUUGUUUUUUGAGUUGGUGCAACUUUUAUUUUUUGAGUUUGGUGUAACUUGGUCCUAAUCAGUUAGAGGUGACCAGGAUGGAUUCCCGGUGGACUACACUCAGAUCAGUUCAAUUGAACUUCAAUAUCUCUCAAGGGGGAUAUUCCUGCAACAUCUGGUGUAAGUAAUCAACAUGCUGUGGGCUGUUGUCUUGUUAGAUUAAAUGACCGUGUGAGAAGAGGACAAGGCCAGCUGCUAUAGCGAGAUAACACAUUUACAGAAACUAUUCCGUCUUCAGUUGGUAUAGUGAGGCUGGAACUUUCCAACUGGAUUUCAUUGGGGCGGCAGGUAGCCUAGUGGUUAGAGCGUUGGACUAAUAAAUGAAAGGUUGCUAGAUCGAAUCCCCCGAGCUGACAAGGUAAAAAUCUGUUGUUCUGCCCCUGAACAAAGCAGUUAACCCGCUGUUCCUAGGCUGUCAUUGAAAAUAAGAAUUUGUUCUUAACUGCCUUGCCUAGUAAAAUAAAUAAAAUUCCACCUUACUUUCCACUAGCGCUGCACGACAGGGCUGAAAUAUGACACGGUUCUUAUAGCCGCUUCCUCUAACGCUGACUUCAAGUUACCCACAAAUCAUUCUGUGGUAUUUUGUAUUUGAAAGUAUCCAUCCUUUUGUUUUCAAGGAUUUGGUCUUUGAGUUUGAUAUGAGGAAUUUAAGUAACUCUAAGGAUCCUGUGUAACUUGGGAGAGAUUCAUAUUAGUUGUCACUUUUAGAUGCUUGGGACAGUGUACCCCCCAGAGACCCAGGCUUCACUCAGUCAAUGAGACCAGAUUUGUAAGGGUGGGCCCAUGAUACUAGGGUUGUAUGGAUACCAGGGGUCAGGGGUGUCACUCAUUCCAUGGCCCAGUGUCAGCUGGUUUGUAAGACCAAUUAAGAUCUAGACAACCAGGUGAGGGGAGUUCCUAACUAACCUAUUAAGACCUAGACAACCAGGUGAGGGGAGUUCCUAACUAACCAAUUAAGACCUAGACAACCAGGUGAGGGGAGUUCCUAACUAACCAAUUAAGACCUAGACAACCAGGUGAGGGGAGUUCCUAACUAACCUAUUAAGACCUAGACAACCAGGUGAGGGGAGUUCCUAACUAACCAAUUAAGACCUAGACAACCAGGUGAGGGGAGUUCCUAACUAACCAAUUAAGACCUAGACAACCAGGUGAGGGGAGUUCCUAACUAACCUAUUAAGACCUAGACAACCAGGUGAGGGGAGUUCCUAACUAACCUAUUAAGACCUAGACAACCAGGUGAGAAGGGGAGUUCCUAACUAACCUAUUAAGACCUAGACAACCAGGUGAGGGGAGUUCCUAACUAACCUAUUAAGACCUAGACAACCAGGUGAGGGGAGUUCCUAACCAAUGAAGACCUAGACAACCAGGUGAGGAGGGGAGUUCCUAACUAAUCAAUUAAGACCUAGACAACCAGGUGAGGGGAGUUCCUAACUAAUCAAUUAAGACCUAGACAACCAGGUGAGGGGAGUUCCUAACUAACCUAUUAAGACCUAGACAACCAGGUGAGGGGAGUUCCUAACUAACCUAUUAAGACCUAGACAACCAGGUGAGGGGAGUUCCUAACCAAUGAAGACCUAGACAACCAGGUGAGGAGGGGAGUUCCUAACUAAUCAAUUAAGACCUAGACAACCAGGUGAGGGGAGUUCCUAACUAACCUAUUAAGACCUAGACAACCAGGUGAGGGGAGUUCCUAACUAACCUAUUAAGACCUAGACAACCAGGUGAGGGGAGUUCCUAACCAAUGAAGACCUAGACAACCAGGUGAGGAGGGGAGUUCCUAACUAACCAAUUAAGACCUAGACAACCAGGUGAGGGGAGUUCCUAACCAAUUAAGACAGAGACAACCAGGUGAGGGGAGUUCCUAACUAACCAAUUAAGACCUAGACAACCAGGUGAGGGGAGUUCCUAACCAAUUAAGUUCUAGACAACCAGGUGAGGGGAGUUCCUAACUAACCAAUUAAGACCUAGACAACCAGGUGAGGGGAGUUCCUAACCAAUUAAGAUCUAGACAACCAGGUGAGGGGAGUUCCUAACUAACCAAUUAAGACAGAGACAACCAGGUGAGGGGAGUUCCUAACCAAUUAAGACCAAGACAACCAGGUGAGGGGAGUUCCUAACCAAUUAAGACCUAGACAACCAGGUGAGGGGAGUUCCUAACUAACCUAUUAAGACAGAGACAACCAGGUGAGGGGAGUUCCUAACUAACCAAUUAAGAUCUAGACAACCAGGUGAGGGGAGUUCCUAACCAAUUAAGACCAAGACAACCAGGUGAGGGGAGUUCCUAACUAACCUAUUAAGACAGAGACAACCAGGUGAGGGGAGUUCCUAACUAACCAAUUAAGACCUAGACAACCAGGUGAGGGGAGUUCCUAACUAACCUAUUAAGACAGAGACAACCAGGUGAGGGGAGUUCCUAACCAAUUAAGACCAAGACAACCAGGUGAGGGGAGCUCCUAACCAAUUAAGACCGAGACAACCAGGUGAGGGGAGUUCCUAACUAACCAAUUAAGACCUAGACAACCAGGUGAGGGGAGUUCCUAACCAAUUAAGAUCUAGACAACCAGGUGAGGGGAGUUCCUAACUAACCAAUUAAGACAGAGACAACCAGGUGAGGGGAGUUCCUAACCAAUUAAGACCAAGACAAUCAGGUGAGGGGAGUUCCUAACCAAUUAAGACCUAGACAACCAGGUGAGGGGAGUUCCUAACUAACCUAUUAAGACAGAGACAACCAGGUGAGGGGAGUUCCUAACCAAUUAAGACCAAGACAACCAGGUGAGGGGAGUUCCUAACUAACCUAUUAAGACAGAGACAACCAGGUGAGGGGAGUUCCUAACUAACCAAUUAAGACCUAGACAACCAGGUGAGGGGAGUUCCUAACUAACCUAUUAAGACAGAGACAACCAGGUGAGGGGAGUUCCUAACCAAUUAAGACCAAGACAACCAGGUGAGGGGAGCUCCUAACCAAUUAAGACCGAGACAACCAGGUGAGGGGAGUUCCUAACUAACCAAUUAAGACCUAGACAACCAGGUGAGGGGAGUUCCUAACUAACCAAUGAAGACCUAGACAACCAGGUGAGGGGAGUUCCUAACCAAUGAAGACCUAGACAACCAGGUGAGGGGAGUUCCUAACCAAUGAAGACCUAGACAACCAGGUGAGGGGAGUUCCUAACCAAUGAAGACCUAGACAACCAGGUGAGGAGGGGAGUUCCUAACUAAUGAAGACCUAGACAACCAGGUGAGGAGGGGAGUUCCUAACUAAUGAAGACCUAGACAACCAGGUGAGGAGGGGAGUUCCUAACUAAUGAAGACCUAGACAACCAGGUGAGAAGGGGAGUUCCUAACUAAUCAGUGACCUUACUCGAUCAAUCAAGAACAAACGAGGAGCAAAAACCCACAGACACUCGGCCCAUAGACAUAGAAUGGAACGAGUCUGACACCUGUGGUAUCAGUGGACAGCUGUAUUUUUAUUGAGCGCUGGGCACAUAAUCCUACCACCAGAGGGCGUUGUGGAGCCAACUCACCCAAGCAUGACUAUCUGUGUGCAUUAUCCACAUGGCUUGGCCAUUGGCUGUGGAAACUCUCGUCUUAACAUGCAUACGCCUGUAAUCUAGUCUCUUAUCUGGAUAUUGAGCAGUAUAUAGAAAGCAAGCCUACUCACAGCCUCUAGAACUCUGUUGAUAUCAUAUACACCAGGCUUCCCCAUCUAGAACUCUGUUGAUAUCAUAUACACCAGGCUUCCCCAUCUAGAACUCUGUUGAUAUCAUAUACACCAGGCUUCCCCAUCUAGAACUCUGUUGAUGUCAUAUACACCAGGCUUCCCCAUCUAGAACUCUGUUGAUGUCAUAUACACCAAGCUUCCCCAUCUAGAACUCUGUUGAUAUCUUAUACACCAGGCUUCCCCAUCUAGAACUCUGUUGAUAUCUUAUACACCAGGCUUCCCCAUCUAGAACUCUGUUGAUAUCAUAUACACCAGGCUUCCCCAUCUAGAACUCUGUUGAUAUCAUAUACACCAGGCUUCCCCAUCUAGAACUCUGUUGAUAUCCUAUACACCAGGCUUCCCCAUCUAGAACUCUGUUGAUAUCAUAUACACCAGGCUUCCCCAUCUAGAACUCUGUUGAUGUCAUAGACACCAGGCUUCCCCAUCUAGAACUCUGUUGAUAUCAUAUACACCAGGCUUCCCCAUCUAGAACUUUUGAUAUCAUAUACACCAGGCUUCCCCAUCUAGAACUCUGUUGAUGUCAUAUACACCAGGCUUCCCCAUCUAGAACUCUGUUGAUGUCAUAUACACCAGGCUUCCCCAUCUAGAACUCUGUUGAUAUCAUAUACACCAGGCUUCCCCAUCUAGAACUCUGUUGAUAUCAUAUACACCAGGCUUCCCCAUCUAGAACUCUGUUGAUAUCAUAUACACCAGGCUUCCCCAUCUAGAACUCUGUUGAUGUCAUAUACACCAGGCUUCCCCAUCUAGAACUCUGUUGAUGUCAUAUACACCAGGCUUCCCCAUCUAGAACUCUGUUGAUAUCAUAUACACCAGGCUUCCCCAUCUAGAACUCUGUUGAUGUCAUAUACACCAGGCUUCCCCAUCUAGAACUCUGUUGAGUAGCAGUACAGUCCCAGUAACCUCCACUAACAGUACAGUCCCAGUAACCUCCACUAACAGGACAGUCCCAGUAACCUCCACUAACAGUACAGUCCCAGUAACCUCCACUAACAGUACAGUCCCAGUAACCUCCACUAACAGUACAGUCCCAGUAACCUCCACUAACAGUACAGUCCCAGUAACCUCCACUAACAGUAGAGUCCCAGUAACCUCCACUAACAGUACAGUCCCAUUAUUCUCUACUAGCAGUACAGUCCCAGUAACCUCCACUAGCAGUACAGUCCCAGUAACCUCCACUAGUAGUACAGUCCCAGUAACCUCCACUAGCAGUACAGUCCCAGUAUCUCCACUAACAGUACAGUCCCAGUAACCUCCACUAACAGUACAGUCCCAGUAACCUCCACUAACAGUACAGUCCCAGUAACCUCCACUAACGGUACAGUCCCAGUAACCUCCACUAACAGUAGAGUCCCAGUAACCUCCACUAACAGUACAGUCCCAGUAACCUCCACUAACAGUACAGUCCCAUUAUUCUCUACUAGCAGUACAGUCCCAGUAACCUCCACUAACAGUACAGUCCCAGUAACCUCCACUAACAGUAGAGUCCCAGUAACCUCCACUAACAGUACAGUCCCAGUAACCUCCACUAACAGUACAGUCCCAUUAUUCUCUACUAGCAGUACAGUCCCAGUAACCUCCACUAGCAGUACAGUCCCAGUAACCUCCACUAGUAGUACAGUCCCAGUAACCUCCACUAGCAGUACAGUCCCAGUAUCUCCACUAACAGUACAGUCCCAGUAACCUCCACUAGCAGUACAGUAACCUCCACUAACAGUACAGUCCCAGUAACCUCCACUAACAGUACAGUCCCAGUAACCUCCACUAGCAGUACAGUAACCUCCACUAGCAGUACAGUCCCAGUAACCUCCACUAACAGUACAGUCCCAGUAACCUCCACUAGCAGUACAGUCCCAGUAACCUCCACUAACAGUACAGUCCCAGUAUCUCCACUAACAGUACAGUCCCAGUAACCUCCACUAGCAGUACAGUAACCUCCACUAACAGUACAGUCCCAGUAACCUCCACUAACAGUACAGUCCCAGUAACCUCCACUAACAGUACAGUAACCUCCACUAGCAGUACAGUCCCAGUAACCUCCACUAACAGUACAGUCCCAGUAACCUCCACUAACAGUACAGUCCCAGUAACCUCCACUAACAGUACAGUCCCAGUAACCUCCACUAACAGUACAGUCCCAGUAACCUCCACUAACAGUACAGUCCCAGUAACCUCCACUAACAGUACAGUCCCAGUAACCUCCACUAACAGUACAGUCCCAGUAACCUCCGCUAACAGUACAGUCCCAGUAACCUCCACUAGCAGUACAGUAACCUCCACUAACAGUACAGUCCCAGUAACCUCCACUAACAGUACAGUCCCAGUAACCUCCACUAACAGUACAGUCCCAGUAACCUCCACUAACAGUACAGUCCCAGUAACCUCCACUAGCAGUACAGUCCCAGUAACCUCCACUAACAGUACAGUCCCAGUAACCUCCACUAACAGUACAGUCCCAGUAACCUCCACUAGCAGUACAGUCCCAGUAACCUCCACUAACAGUACAGUCCCAGUAACCUCCACUAACAGUACAGUCCCAGUAACCUCCACUAACAGUACAGUCCCAGUAACCUCCACUAGCAGUACAGUCCCAGUAACCUCCACUAGCAGUACAGUCCCAGUAACCUCAUCAUCUGCCUGCCUUUGUAUCUAUGGAUUUGUCCCAAAUGGCACCCUUUUCCCAAAAUAGUGCACUACUUUUUCCCAGAGCCUUAUGGUGAUUCAUUUUGAUGCCUCAUUCAUUCACACUGAGGUGCCCUUAUCGUCUCUCUGUUGCACUCUCUCUCUCUCUCUCUCUCUCUCUCUCUCUCUCUCUCUCUCUCUCUCUCUCUCUCUCUCUCUCUCUCUCUGUCUCUCUGUCUCUCUCUCUCUCUCUCUCUCUCUCUCUGUCUCUCUGUCUCUCUCUCUCUCUGUCUCUCUGUCUCUAUCUCCCUGUUUCUCUCUCUACGUGUUUCUCUCUCUCUGUGUUUCUCUCUCUCUGUCUCUCUCUCUGUUUCGCUCUCUUUCUCUCUCUGUUUCCCUAACUCUUUUUCGCUCUCUCUCUAACAGCCUCCUUCAGUGAUUAUUAAAGCAGUUGUAUUCUGAGACAGACGGUAUACUACCUUUGGGAACAGAUUGUUUUAGAGGUACUGUGUGAGAUGAGAGAGGGAGGGAGAGAGAAAGGGGAGAGAGAGAGAGAGAGAGAGAGAGAGAGAGGGAGAUGAGAGAGGGAGAAAGAGAGAGGGGGAGAGAAAGAGAGCGGAAAAGAGACAGAGACCAUUAGAAGGCCCAUAAUUUAGCCACAGAGGAUCAAUAGCUUUUUUUUUUAAAUAGCCUAGCUGUGGAUUGUAGCUCAAUAACAAGAGGUAGCUUACAGUCAGGAACGCGCGGCAAAUCUGUCAGUGGGAAAAACAGCAUGCAGACAAAAACCUUUUGCAAUAUUUCAAAUACAAUGGAAUACGAUGUGGCUCCUGCUGAAAACACUCUGCUGAAAACACUCUGCUCCUGCUGAAAACACUCUGCUCCUGGUGAAAACACUCUGCUCCUGCUGAAAACACUCUGCUCCUGCUGAAAACACUCUGCUGAAAACACUCUGCUCCUGCUGAAAACACUCUGCUCCUGCUGAAGACACUCUGCUCCUGCUGAAAACACUCUGCUGAAAACACUCUGCUCCUGCUGAAGACACUCUGCUCCUGCUGGAAACACUCUGCUGAAAACACUCUGCUGAAAACACUCUGCUCCUGCUGAAGACACGCUGCUCCUGCUGAAAACACUCUGCUCCUGCUGAAAACACUCUUCUCCUGCUGGAAACACUCUGCUCCUGCUGAAAACACUCUUCUCCUGCUGAAAACACUCUGCUGAAAACACUCUGCUCCUGCUGGAAACACUCUGCUCCUGGUGAAAACACUCUGCUCCUGCUGAAGACACUCUGCUGAAAACACUCUGCUCCUGGUGAAAACACUCUGCUCCUGCUGGAAAUACUCUGCUCCUGCUGAAAACACUCUGCUGAAAACACUCUGCUCCUGCUGAAAACACUCUGCUCCUGCUGAAAACACUCUGCUCCUGCUGAAAACACUCUGCUGAAAACACUCUGCUCCUGCUGAAAACACUCUGCUCCUGCUGAAAACACUCUGCUCCUGCUGAAAACACUCUGCUCCUGCUGGAAACACUCUGCUCCUGAAAACACUCUGCUCCCACUCUGCUCCUGCUGAAAACACUCUGCUCCCACUCUGCUCCCGCUGAAAACACUCUGCUCCUGCUGGAAACACUCUGCUCCUGCUGAAAACACUCUGCUCCCACUCUGCUCCCGCUGAAAACACUCUGCUCCUGCUGAAAACACUCUGCUCCUGCUGGAAACACUCUGCUCCUGAAAACACUCUGCUCUUGCUGAAAACACUCUGCUCCUGCUGAAAACACUCUGCUGAAAACACUCUGCUCUUGCUGAAAACACUCUGCUCCUGCUGAAAACACUCUGCCCCUGCUGAAAACACUCUGCUCCUGCUGGAAACACUCUGCUCCUGCUGAAAACACUCUGCUCCUGCUGAAAACACUCUGCUCCUGCUGAAAACACUCUGCUCCUGCUGAAAACACUCUGCUCCUGCUGAAGACACUUUGCUCCUGCUGAAGACACUCUGCUCCUGCUGAAAACACUCUGCUCCCGCUGAAGACACUCUGCUCCCGCUGAAGACACUCUGCUCCCGCUGAAGACACUCUGCUCCCGCUGGAAACACUCUGCUCCUGCUGAAAACACUCUGCUCCUGCUGAAGACACUCUGCUCCUGCUGAAGACACUCUGCUCCUGCUGAAAACACUCUGCUCCUGCUGAAAACACUCUGCUCCCGCUGAAGACACUCUGCUCCUGCUGAAGACACUCUGCUCCUGCUGGAAACACUCUGCUCCUGCUGGAAACACUCUGCUCCCGCUGAAGACACUCUGCUCCUGCUGAAGACACUCUGCUCCUGCUGAAAACACUCUGCUCCUGCUGAAAACACUCUGCUCCUGCUGAAAACACUAUGCUCCUGCUGAAAACACUCUGCUCCUGCUGAAGACACUCUGCUCCUGCUGAAAACACUCUGCUCCUGCUGAAGACACUCUGCUGAAAACACUCUGCUCCUGCUGAAAACACUCUGCUCCUGCUGAAAACACUCUGCUCCUGCUGGAAACACUCUGCUCCUGCUGAAAACACUCUGCUCCUGCUGAAAACACUCUGCUCCUGCUGAAAACACUCUGCUCCUGCUGAAAACACUCUGCUCCUGCUGAAGACACUCUGCUGAAAACACUCUGCUCCUGCUGAAAACACUCUGCUCCUGCUGAAAACACUCUGCUCCUGCUGAAAACACUCUGCUCCUGCUGAAAACACUCUGCUCCUGCUGAAAACACGCUGCUG